AUGGCUUGGGACUCGCCUCUGCAGACUUCUGCCGUGAACCGAUAUAUUCUUGGUCGCAUUCCGCUUCUCCAUACCCUUAUCCUCCUCAUCGAAAUGGCGCUCGCCGCCCGACUGACGGCGAGGUUCAAUGCCUCGUACGAAGAGCGACCGCUCAUCACCAUGAUGGUCACCAACGCCCUUCUCGGCGGUAUAGCAGAUACCGUCGCCCAGGUCAUAACCGCCUUUCGCCACCGCGUCGUCCGCAAGCCCGGCGGUGCCAAGGACGAGACCGUCACAGUCGAACUUCACGAGCUUGGCCGCAAAAGCCCCUAUUACGAGAAGGACUCGCUCAGUUUUGGCCCGUCAACCGGCCUGCCACCCGCCUUUGACUUUGAGCGUCUCACUCGCUUCAUGGGUUACGGCUUUUGUGUCGCGCCCAUCCAGUUUCGCUGGUUCAAGCUGCUCGAGCGCCUCUUCCCCAUGUCAAAGACGAGCUCCUUUGGUCCCGCGCUGAAGCGUGUGGCCUUUGAUCAGAUCGCAUUCGCGCCCUUUGGUGUUGCCCUCUUCUUCACUGCCAUGACGGUGGCCGAGGGCGGCGGACGUCGCGCCGUCAGCAACAAGCUGCGCGACAUGUAUGUGCCGACUCUCAAGGCCAACUAUGUGGUGUGGCCGGCUGUGCAGCUUGUCAACUUUCGCCUGAUGCCUGUCCAAUACCAGCUGCCGUUUGUCUCGACCGUUGGUAUCGCCUGGACUGCAUACCUAUCUCUCACCAACAGCACCAAUUAA